GUUUGGCGAGCGAGCGAGCCAGAGAGAGUUCGAGAUUUUCCAUUCCAAGAAAAAAGACCCCGCUGCGGAGAGAAAGGGGGCUCGGUGUAUGUUGUGAAACAUCUCGUUUUGUUUUUUUGAGAGAAGGAUUGAGAGAGAGAGGAAAUUGCAGAAAAAUGGAUUCAACGGCCUCGCUACAACCACUGCUGCAACAGCAGCAGCAGCACAAGCUAACGUCCAUACAGAUAAGCGCCGAAACAACGGUUUAUACCAGCCUCGAUUCGAGCCUCGCUGCCUUGCAGAGGCAGCAAUCGCGAGAGGACGAGGUGGACGGUGCUAACAGUAACAGUCUCCCCUCUGCCGUGGAGUUGUUGCUCUCCGUCUCCGUCCCCGACGUCUCCACCCCCGGUACCGCCGUCGAGGAAGGCUCGGAAAAAGUUGUCUUACAACCAGCAGAGUCGGAGAAAGAAGAAAGAGCCGAAACGAGCCGGAGUGACGAUCCACACAACAGAUCAUCUGCUGCCGUUGGAGUUGGUGCCGUUGCCCUUGGUAGCAGCAGCAGUAGUCUACUGGAAACCGUCCAGGAGAAACCAUCGCCGUCGUCGUCGCCGCCGCCGUCGCCCGUGGUAACCGAUCAGGAGUCGCACGUUGUUCGGAUUCAAAUCGUUCAGAAAGAGGACGACAGUUCUAGUCGCAGCGUGGUUCAGAACGGGACUCCAGCCGUGAUCAGUGUUACGAACAGCAGUGCAACCAUUGUGAACGGUAAUCAGUGCAAAUCGAAAGUGUCAAUCGUUUCAUUCGGACCUCCGGAACAGGGCAGUAAAUCGCCGAGUCCUACCCCGUCGGUGGAAAUGGUUCAGAAGCAGUCCAGCCCUUCGGCGACGCCCACCAACGGCAAAGCCGACCUGGUGGAUGUCAACAAUGCCACCUACCUGUACUACAUGAUGUCCUCGGGUCAGUGCUCCCCGAGUGACACCCUGGACAGUGGCACAUGCAGCGAUAUCGAAGUCACUCCUCCUCCGCUCCCGAAAAAAAUGUCCCCAAAAUCCCCAUCCCCUUGCAAGCACCCGGCCGCACAGCACGCGACGCUCAUGAUGAUAAGCCCCACGCCGUCCGAUAAGCUUAAUCAGCCGGGAUAUCGCAGCAGCAGCUACACCAUCAGCGAUAGUGACGAAUCCGAGUCCAGUCUGAGCUGCGACUCGCUCAACUUCUCGCAACUGUGUGGCAACGUCGUCGUCGUCGGGAACCAAACCCUGGAGCCAACCGACAGCAUCUCGGAGGCCCCGACCAGUCCGCAAACUCCGGAACCAUCGUCCGCCGCCGCCGUGUCCCCAACCAGUGACAGUGACCGUGAAAAUAUCCCCGAGUGUCCGGAACUCAUUACCGCCAAGAAGCACAAAAUAGUCUCGAUCCUUCCGCACUCGCUCCUCAAGGACAUCCGCGAACGUUCGUCCUCCGGUUGCGCCGCGCGUGAAGUUCCGUCCUAUUCCCCACCCCCGUCGCCACCACGUGACGAAACCGUUGUCUUGACAACGACCCGCUCAAUCCUGAUGGAGAAAAUCAAUAGCCUCAACAGUGUUGUCACCAAUGGGGACAGUGUUUGCUCGCUCUCGGAGAAGAACAAAUCAUUCAGUUUCGAAAAUGACAAGUUUUACAAGUUUCACAUCAAUGAACAUUCAAAUUUGCAGUCGCAGCCCACGCAGCAGCAGCAGCAGGAUCACCAGGGAAGCAAUGGGUUGAUGAAUCUCAACAGUUGCUCCUCGUCGGUGAUCGACGAUGACGAGAGUUUUGCCGGCUUCAAGGAUUUGACCAGCGGAACGUCGACCAUCCGGAGCAACAAGGGAACGGUCCGGGGUGUGAAGAACCGGGUCCGCAACGGGAUUGCUACGUUCCUGCAGAUGCAGCACGCAAAUAUUAAGAGCUACAAGGAAAAGGACGCCGGCAAGGUGGUGGUCUACACGACCAGCAUGGGCAUCGUCCGGGAGACGUACACCAAGUGUGCCAACGUGAAGCAGAUCCUGCGGACGCUGUUGGUCAAGUUUGAGGAGCGGGACGUGUUCAUGAGCAGCGACUACCAGCAGGAGAUCAAGGACCGGAUGCAGAGCGAAGCGAUCCAGGUGCCGCAGGUGUUCGUCGACGGGCAGCAUGUGGGGGACGCCGAUUGGAUCGAGCGAUUGAACGAGACCGGCGAGCUGCGGAAGAUGCUGAAACCCUACAAAUGCCUGGAAUCGUCCUUCACGUGCAAAACCUGCGGUGGCUACCGGCUACUGCCGUGCCCUUCCUGCGGCGGCUCGAAGAAAUCCAUCCACCGCAACCACUUCACCGCCGAGUUUAUCGCCCUCAAGUGCAUGAACUGCGACGAGGUGGGCCUGGUCAAGUGUCACAACUGUUGAAAGGCUGCCGCCUCGAAACACUGAGAAUUAGCCUAUAGUUUGAUAGCCUGUGUGAUUGGGUGUGUAUGAGUGCGCUGGAUAAAGAAAGAUUAAAUCGCUUAGCACCUUUGCUUGUGGAAGCUGCCGCUGCUGGAUGUAACCUGGGAGUGAAUGAACCACACAGACACACUUGCAAUACUAGUUUUCGUAAGACUACAGUUAUAAUAGUUGUGAUAGAAACAAAACAAUCUUCGGUUUUAGUUGGAAGAACUACUACGCAAGUAAUAAAAUCGCAACACGCACACACUUAUCUUAAGAACUUCCAAUUUGCUCACAUUUAAAAGUUAAACAUUCCAAAAUGGCCGUCUCUAGGAAGAACACGCAUCAAGCAAAGCAUCGUUAAGUUUUGUUAUACCUAUUCAUACAAGUUGUUAUUUACUGUUGUUUACUACCUUACUACCCCUUUAGAAGCAGGAAAUCCAUUAUUUAUAUUUACCUCCCCGGGAAAACAACACAUAUUACACUAAUCUAACCCUAAAAAGCAAUAUUUUAUUAUAAGGAAAAACCGCGUUAAGUUGUUUCUCGCAUUAAGGACAAUGUUUUAAGGCCUUUUCGUCGAACCGUUUGACCAGUAGUUCCAGUUGUAAAU